AUGCCUGCGAGCGACGGGCGAUGCGGCGACGGGCGGCAAGGCCGCGCCGCCGCCGCUGCGACACGCCGCGCCACGCUGCCCCCUCCGCCGCCGGCGUCGACGGACACCGAAAGGCGAAAGAGGGCGACGACUACGCGGCAGCCUCCGCGCUUCUAUGGCAUGCUCGCAAGGCAAGAGCUGCUAAAAUGGAAUGGCUGGGGAUACAGAGAUUCUCAGUUUACUGUAAAAAAUGGUCUUGUUCAAUUUACCGGGAAACGAUAUCCCAUUGGUGAAGCUGUGUUACCGUAUUUUACACAAUGGGUGUGUGAUAUAUUUGAUGUUGAUCUCAGUGUGGAGGUUAAGUCUCAGCCUUUGCCGAAAGAAGAAGACUUUCCUUCCCCAGUGAUUGUCCAAGCAUUCCUGGCAGAAAUUGAAAUGCUUAAAAUUCCUUAUUCAUUGAAAGGAAUUGACAGAUUAAUAAGAUCUCAUGGUCACACAUUAAAUGAUAUAUAUACCUUGAGAGAAGGAAGAUAUGGUCGUAUACCAGAUGUAGUUGCAUGGCCAGACAGCCAUGAAACUGUUACUAAAUUGGUGGAAAUAGCAAAUCAUCAUGAUGUUGUUGUAAUACCUUUCGGUGGUGGGACUAGUGUAUCAGGUGCAGUGACAUGCCCUUCAUCUGAGAAGCGUUCGAUUUUAUCUCUCGACACAUCUCAGAUGAAUAGGAUUCUGUGGGUAGAUGAAGAUAAUUUGUUUGCUUGUUGCGAAGCUGGAAUCAUUGGACAAGACUUAGAAAGAGAAUUACGUGAAAGAGGAUUUACUACAGGUCAUGAACCUGAUUCUUAUGAAUUUUCUAGCUUGGGUGGAUGGGUGGCAACCAGAGCAUCUGGAAUGAAAAAAAAUACCUAUGGGAACAUUGAAGAUCUUGUUGUUCAAGUACGGAUGGUUACCCCUUCUGGUGUGUUGGAAAAGAAAAGCCAAGUUCCUCGACUGUCUUGUGGACCAGAUUUCAAUCAUGUUAUUCUGGGAUCUGAAGGUACACUUGGAGUAAUUACAGAAGUUACAUUAAAGAUUCGUCCACUUCCCCUUUCUAAGAAGUAUGGUUCAAUAGUAUUUCCUGAUUUUGAAAGUGGUGUUUGUUGUUUAAGAGAAGUGGCUCGUCAACGUUGUCAACCAGCAUCUAUUCGUUUGAUGGACAAUGCACAGUUCAAAUUUGGCCAGUCGUUACGUCCAAGCCAUGGCUAUUUUGGUCUCCUCUUAGAUGGCCUAAAAAUGGCAUAUAUUACUAAGAUUAAAGGUUUUGAUCUUGCUAAAAUUUGUGUAACAACAUUAGUAUUUGAAGGAGAUCCAAAGGAUGUAGAAUUACAAGAAAAGAAGAUCUAUGGAAUUGCAAGUAAAUUCAAUGGUAUUCCAGCCGGUGAAAAGAAUGGUGAACGUGGUUACAUGUUAACUUUUGUUAUUGCAUACAUUCGUGAUUUGGGAUUAGAUUACAAAGUGGCUGCUGAAUCUUUUGAAACAUCUGUUAACUGGGACCGUGUUGUCUCUCUUUGUCACAAUGUGAAGCAUCGCAUAUCUCAAGAAUGUGAAGCUCGAGGAGUAAAGAAAUAUCUUCUGUCAUAUCGAGUCACUCAGACUUAUGAUGUUGGAUGCUGUAUCUACUUCUACUUUGGUUUUAAUUGGACUGGUGUUAAAGAUCCCCUGAACACGUACGAGACACUGGAAAGUAUAGCAAGAGAUGAAAUAAUUGCUUCGGGUGGUAGCAUUUCUCAUCACCAUGGUGUUGGUAAAUUACGAUCAAAAUGGUAUCCAAUACAAGUGACUGAUUUGGGGGUUCAAUUGUACAAAGCAACCAAGAAGAACUUGGAUCCUAAUAAUAUUUUUGCCAAUGGGAAUUUCAUUAAUAAUUCUCAUUUAUAACAUGCUUGUCCCGUUGAAGCUUGAUACCUAGUAAUAAGUGUGAACGAGAUAUUUGCAUUGAACUACACUAGUCACUGAAUUUUUAUACAUUUAUUCAGAAUAUGUAAGUUGUAUCCUUUUUUUGUUGUAAACUGUGCAAUGGAAAAAGUGUGUGUGUGUGUGUGCAUAAGCGUGUUUUUUUAAAAGAGAAUUACCUAUAUUAUGUAUUUCCAGACAUUUGCUUGUAUAAAAAUCUUGAUGUUUUUGUUAUCAAUUAUGUUGUGACUUCAUUUGGAGUUUUUCUGUUGAAUAUUGUAUGUUCUAGUCGACUUGAUUUCUUGCCUGCAGUUAAUUUAAAUUAACUGCCAAAAAAUAUUUUUAGUGUAGUGAAUUAUUUGGCAUGUAAUUGAAAAAUAAAUGCUUAGAUGAAAAUUCCUUUAUUGGUCUCCCAAUAUAUUCCAUGUAUUAUUGUAAGUGAAACUGUUGUAUUCAAUCAACUUUAUUAGAUCAUAUUAGGUUCAAUGUCAGUAACCAUUUCUACAAAGUCUCAACUUUUAUGAUUUGAUUAGAAUUGUUGCUUCUUCUAGUAGAGAUAUACUACUUUAAAUGUUUAAAAUAAAAUAAGGUUUUUGCCUUUCACAUUUGAUUUAUAUUUGUUUCACUAGAACUAAGCUGUGAGUAAUUUUUGAGUUCAUUUACAAAUUGUAAAAUGCUCACUUUUGCAACAAAUAUUGUUUUAUGUUUAACAAUAUUAUAUCUUGCAAAUGUUCAAACUUGAUGUAGUUUUACUAUAAAAUGUCAUCAUCUCAUUUUUUUGGCACUAUCAUUUUAAAGUACCACCACUUCCUUUUAAUUCAUAGAAAUUGAAAAAGCCUUUGAAAUUCCAUUCCCAUUAAAGUGUUAAUGACUGUCUUAAAAAUCAAAACUAAGUUUGUCGGAUGUAAGAUCCAAACAAGCUUGUAGAUUUUCUUGAAAGAUACAGAUUACUGGCCCUUGCGGCAGUAGUCUUUCUGAUUUUUUUGCAUUCCACUAACCAUCUAAAACACACAAUCUUGUAUAAUACAAUUGUAUGCAAUGAAAGUUUUGUAAUGAGUUUUGUAUAUUGGGCAAGGAAUACAUGGCAUGGGGACUGCAGCUUUAAGAAGUCAAUGAACUAGCCAAGCUUAACAUUGAAGAGCUUUAAACUUAAUUUUUGUACAUAGUAAGGACCCAUGGAAGUUAUUACCAGCAGACUAUUUCAAAGGCAUUGGUAUACUUCAGUUACAUCAAUUAGUUGAGGCUUGUUGCCAUGAACCACAAUAUCAUUAAUUAUAAUUUUUCAUUGCGUUUUCAAACAAACCAGAAAAGUCCUUAAUUAAAAAGUUUGAAUUCAGGUCUAUCCAUUUUUUUGUAAUAUGAAUCCUAUCAACAAAAAUUGUGUUGCCACGCAGUUCAUUACAAACCUGCAGGAAAGUUCAGUUCAGUAAAAAUAUUAAAAGCUGAACUGAAGUAUCGACCCUUUCUUUACGCGUUUUAAUUAAAUUUCUCUGUAGGGAAGAAUCGGAAACAAGCAUAAGGCAAUCUUUCUCCAUAAAUUUUUAAUUAAAAUUUUGGAGACAGGAAAAGUGAUAAAACAAUUUUGUUUCUAACCAAAAAAGUUGGGACACGCAAAGAAUUACAGAGAAUUGGAAGCCGGUUGAAGGGACAAGGCUUGGCCAUCGGAUGAGGAAGUUUUCAGGUUUUAAUAAAACAUGGUAUAAGG